CUAGCAACAGAUGUGAGAGAUUUGUCAGAAGAGUAUGUGAACUUCAUUGCCCUGGAAUCUUUGCCACGGCAAUAGAACUAGAUGAUGCGAAACGAGCCACACUAAAUGACAUUACUUUACAGAAGGCCAUUGAGUUUACUAGAAAUGGUGACUGGUACAAGAUGAAGAGCCUGAAACAGGACGAAGCAAAUCUCGAGGAACUGACAGCAAUCAGCUCAGUGCGAGACGAACUUACUAUUCACAGUGAUAACAUUCUGCUACGUGACACACGCAUUAUCUUACCAAAAGCCCUUCGAAUUCGUGACAGGGCUAUAGACAUGGCACAUGAGGGUCAUCAGGGGAUGGCAAGAACAAAAGCUUUUCUUAGGGCAAAAGCAUGGUUUCCUGGCAUGGAUGUCCGUGUCACAAACUGCUCAGCCUGUCAACUCCUUACUCCUGAACGUCAUACCAUGGAGCCGUUGAAAAUGUCGGAACUACCUGGUGGACCUUGGGAGAAUUUGAGUAUCGACUUCUGCGGACCAUUACCCAGUGGAGACUAUUUAUUUGAGAUAAUUGACAAUUAUUCACGUUACCCAGUAGUUGAGAUUGUAAAAUCCGUCUCUGCUAAGUCCGUCAUACCUGUAUUGGACAAAGUUAUCAGUGCAUAUGGGAUACACAAGAUAAUAAAAAGUGACAAUGGAAGCCCUUUCCAAUCAUACGAAUUUAGAAGAUAUGCAGAACAUAUGGGGUUUAUCCAUCGGAGGAUAACGCCAUGA